GUUUUAUAUUGUUAUAUAAAUAGCAUCGUCAUUAUUAAAUUAAUACGUAAUAUCAGCAAUUUUUAUAUGAUUGCAAGUAAAUGAAUAGUAGUGAUGAUGAGAUGUUACAUAGAGGGUAAGAACUGAAUGUUAUUUAAAAAAUAUAGAAGGUUGAAUGUUUAAAAAAGAAUAUAUUUCUAUAGAAUGGUGAAAGUUACUUGUUAAUAAUAUAAAAUUAGAACAUUAAAAAACAUUUUCUUAGUAGUUGUAUAUAUGAUUAGAAGGUAUAAUUAUGUUCAAUAUUCAAAGAACAAAUAGAAAAAGUUAGUAUAAAUAAAAAUGAAAGGAGAACAAGAGAAAAUAGAUUUUGUCUUAUGAUAUUAAGAAUUAUGUAGAAAGAUAGUCAUGAAUGAGAAAUUAUUAGUUUAGAGUACUAAGAAUAAUCUAUCAGUACGAAUUUUAAGAAAGAAAAAGUUUGUAGAAAAAAAAUUGAAGAGUUAUAUUCUAUUGAGAAUAUAGAAAGGAGUGUUUCAUUAAAGGGUAUAGAGAAUUAGA